CUCAGUUUCUCCUCCUUUUCCUUCCAUCUUCAAACAUCUAAUUCCUCUGCAUGUUCAUGUUUUAAGUUCUUAAAGAUUAAUCAGAUGUUGUUUUUUGAUUUUAUGUGUCUUGAUCUAAUUUAUUCGGCAAUAGAUUCAUUAUCUUUUAUGUUUUAAUAUCUAAAUCUUAGUAAGGUUCUGCGGAUUGGCAAUAAAAUACGAGUCAUCCCGGAUCUCUCUUCCUUCUUCUCCAAGAGAAUCUCUGAUCUUUUUUGAUCAAAUCUAUGUUUCUGUUACUUAUUUUCUGUAUUAAAUUUUUUUCUCUCUUUCCAUAACUUCUACGGUGUUGUGAUUUUACUUUAAUAUUAAAUCUUGCUAAAUCCUCCAAAAGCAUUAGGUUUCAGGUUUGGUUUUUCUUCCAAUUUGUUCCUCCAUUUUCCCCUUUCCUGUUUUUAUUCUCAGUUUCCUCUUUUCUUUUAAUUUCUGAUCCAUCCUUUAGGUUAAUUCCUAUUAUGUGAAGCCUCAAAUUUACUCUUAAUAUCAUUCUUAAUAUCACUAUUUGUUUGAUCUAUUUGUGUUUCAGGAAAGAUAUGUACGAAGCUGAUGCUCAGUGGAGAUCGAUUCAGGUCAGUUACUCUUUAAUGAGAAGAAUUGGGGAGAAUAGGUUUUACCAAAUCUAUGUUCAUGGUGACUCUGUUUCCAAUGCAUUAAGAAAGGAAUUUUCCACUAUACUAAAGGGAAGUUAUGAAUCAUCAAAAAUCCUUGUAAUCACUAAGAGAAUUUGGAGCAGUGAAGAAGAUUUGACUAGCAUUAAUUUCAUGGCUCAAGUUCUAUGGAUGGUAUGCUAUACGAGUAAUGAUUCCGAAAAAAAGGGUUAUGCUGCUAAGAGAGUAUCAGAAGGAGAAGUUUUCAUAUCAAAUCUUACGGUUGAUUUCUUCAUGGAUUAUGGCUCGUGAUUUACUGACUCCGCCUGCAUCAACAGUGGCUUCGGAGUCUUGUUUUAGUUUGAGUGGGAGAAUUUUGAGCAAAAAAAGGAGCCGACUUGCCCCUGAUAUUUUGGAUGCUCUAGUGUGCUCAAAGGAUUGGAAUGACGCUCGGAAGAGAAGACAGGAGUUUAAUGAUGAAUAUGAGGAAGUUUCUCAAGGUUCGAUGGUUAAAUUGUCACCGGAAGGUGAUUCCACUUUUUUGACAUGGAUCUCGCAGAGCCAUGAAAGCUUACAAAUACUUUUUGUGCUGCUGAUUAGCUAUGCUUGGAAUGUGCAGUUAUGUAAAGCUAUAUUUUGGAUGCAGUUAGUUUGUAAAGCUAUAUUUUGGAUGUACAUUUAUCAGAUGUUUUCUCUUACCCCAUAACUGCAAGGUUUUGUUCAGUCUGGUGAAAGGGCAUAUUUCAGAUGUAUAGAGCUUGUUCUCUGCUGAAUAUUUGCUCUGUUUUUUUUUCUAUUUGGUUGAUGGGGUAUACCCCAUUUCCUUUUUAACUUGUAAGCUGGACUGGUGGUUCACCAAUCAGACUUGUGGGUUUCCUAUGUUUUUUAUCUUAAUACAUAUAUCU